UAUAAAAAGAGGUCCUGCCUGCGUCAGAUUGUUUUCUCCAAUGGCUAAAGGUGACUGAAUAUUAGUUGCCUCGGUGUCGUCCUAUCGGCAAGGGAAGAGAUGAUGGACGACUCCGGCGGUGUCCAAAUGGCGAGGGCGCUGAAACACGCAGCCCUGUGCCUGAUGCUGCUGCCCCGGUUCCUGCUGGCCGCCGUCAUGCUGUGGCUCCUGGAUUUCCUGUGCAUCAGGAGAAAAGUGCUGCUGAAAAUGGGCGAGCGUCCGGACAGCCCGGACGACCCGCCGGUGUGCGUCUCCGACUCCAACAAGAUGUUCACCUGGGAGUCCCUCAGGGCCGUGUGGCACGGCCAGAAGCUGGACUUUCUCAAAUCGGCGCACCUCGGGGAGGCUGCCCCCAACACCGAGGUGGUGCUGGUCCAGGAGCGGCGGCAGAUCCGGAUCCUGGACUGCACGAAAGGGAAGAGACCGCUCGUCCUCAACUUUGGCAGCUGCUCCUGACCGCCGUUCAUGACGCGCCUGGCGGCGUUCCAGCGCGUCGUCAGGCAGUACGCGGACAUCGCGGACUUCUUAGUUGUGUACAUCGAGGAGGCGCACCCGUCGGAUGGCUGGGUGAGCUCCGACGCGCCUUACCAGAUCCCCAAGCACCGCUGCCUGGAGGACCGGCUGAGAGCCGCGCAGCUGAUGUUCACCGAGGUGCCAGAGAGCAACGUGGUGGUGGACAACAUGGACAACUCGUCCAACGCCGCUUACGGAGCCUACUUUGAGCGACUUUACAUCGUGAUGGAUGAGCGGGUGGUGUACCAGGGUGGGAGGGGCCCGGAGGGCUACCGGAUCUCGGAACUGAAGAACUGGCUGGAGCAAUACAGAAAAGAGGUGAUGGACCCCCAGACGGCGGUGCUGUGUGUGUAGCCGAACCUGCCCUGCCCUCCGCUUUAGUGUCCAAACCCACAGUGCAAAAUAUCCAGAUGCUGCUAUCAAACGUUCACACAUGGCACAUUAUAUAUGAAUAUUAUAAAUAUAUAUAUAUAUAUAUAUAUGUUGUUUCUCUUGCAUUAAGAUGUUCAGGACUGACAGAUAGAGGUUCAGUUAAAGUUGACACCUUUAGCCUAUAGAUUGUAGGCUGUUAAACUGUGUUGUCAUGACUUUAAAUUGAUUCCUCAUAGCCAUUUAUUUUUUUGUUUUGUUUUGUUGGGUUUUUUUGUACGGAAAAAGUAUUUGAAUCAAUUGAAGCUGGGUUCAGUUGGUGACCACUAUUUUUCUAUUGUGCGUAGGUGUGUGUGUGUGUGUGUGUGUGUGUGUGUGUGUGUGUGUGUGUGUGUGUGUGUGUGUGUGUGUGUGUGUGUGUGUGUGUGUGUGUGUGUGUGUGUGUGUGUGUGUGUGUGUGUGUGUGAAGGAGCGUGCAUUCAGCUUAAUAUCUCACUCUGGCGUCUGUGUGAAGUUCGGUUUUUAAAAGGCGCAUCCAGAAAACCGACACUGAUGUUUCUGACACUGGAAGCAGAGCAAUAUUAGCUGGAUGCUCGCUCCCUCCGUGGUUCACUGCCAAACGAUGUGAUGUUGAAAACGAUGUAACUGAAAAAUAUGUUGUUUUUACAAAAAAAAAUAAUAAUAAAAUAAAAUAAAACUCAGAUCAGAUGAAAGGUGGGGAGAGACCUUAAAGUUAUUUAUUUUGUUUUUUUUCUUUGUGUUGCAUUAAAUGAGCAUAUUGUUCUUUCGCUGGACCAAUGAAAACCUAGGAAGGUUUUAAUCCAAACUAGGGUUAUCAAACGUGCGGUCCGUGUGCCUUUUGUGGUCUUAUGGGUGAUUUUUGUGCGGCCCACACACACACACACAAUUGAAGUACGGCGGAAUUUAGUUUUAUUUUAUUAAUCUUAUUUUUCAUUAAUGCCUUUUUUUUUGAAAAUAUGUAGAAAGAAACAAAUUUUCCUAAAUGAAAAAUGUUAAGUACAACAAAGAGUGUUAAUUUUUUUUAAUGGAUUUCCCCCCACCCUUCUUCUAAUAUAAUGGUAAAUAGGGCCUCAAUUAUCGAGGCAUUUAUUUUAUUCAGAUACAGACUUGGGUGCAUUUAUUCAAUAAAUCGUACAAACUACGGUAA